UCCCAGACUGGUGAAGCUAAGAGAAGACCUCCGGUUGGACUGCACCACUAUCGGCAGCCCCCCUCCCACCGUUACCUGGUUCCGCGAUGGUCAGCUUCUCGUUACCUCGGACAGGGUGUCCUUCCCCUCCCAGGGGGCAUUGCUCAUACGUUAUGUGGACUAUGCAGAUGAAGGACAGUACACAUGUGUGGCAACCAAUGAAGCUGGAGAGGCCAGAGAAACCAUGCCUGUCUUUAUACAAGUCCAGCCUGCUGCCCCGGAGCUUGUGUCAGCCGUAGCGCUGGACAGCUCCUCUGUCAACAUCAGCUGGGUUGCCACGGACGACGGGAACAGCAGCACCCUGUACUACCAGGUGGAGUACAAGCUCAGUGAUGCGCCGGCGUACACCCCCCUCCCCGACCGGAUCCCCGCCGCCGGUCCCACCGGAUGGUUUGUCAUCGGCGACCUUGAGCCGGCGGUGUCGUAUUACUUCCAGGUGCGGGCCUGGAACAUCAUCGGAGCCAGCGCGCCGGGAAACGCUCUGGAGGUCCAGACUUUCGCUUCAAACCCUUCAGAGCCCAGAAACCUGCAGGUCCCCUAUAAGAACUCCACAGCAGUUCAGCUCAGCUGGGAGAGACCACAGCAGAGAAACGGGGAUGUAAGGGUGUACGAGCUGCAGUAUCGGGAUCAAAACUCACAAGACUUUGACUCCAUCGAAGUGGUGUCGACCUCUCCCACCACGACCCAGCUGGUGGUUAACCUUUGGCCCCUGACCUUUUACCACUUCCGUGUGCGAGCGGCGACAGUUUGGAACGGGGAGAGACUGUGGGGGAACUACAGCAGCUUCCUGCAGGUCCAGACUAGCCCAGGAGCACCGUUUGCGGCGCCGCAAAACGUCCAGGCCACGGCAAACUCCUCCGACACAAUUCUGGUGGAGUGGCAGGAAAUCCCCUUCAACAUGCAGAAUGGCGUCAUCACGUCCUACACGCUACGCUACAAACGGACUGACAACAGCGAGGACUGGAGAACCAAGACGUUGGGCCGCCCGGUGACGUCCACGUUCCUGUCUGACCUGAAGCCGUGGCGGGAGUACAGGAUAGAGGUGCAGGGAAGAAACGCACAGGGGUCCGGGCCCUUCUCUGAUCCAGCACUGGCCAAGACCUUCCAGUCUGCUCCUACAGGUGCUCCCACAGAUGUCAGUAUUGUAGGUGUUUCUCCAACUUCCAUCCAAGUCACCUGGCAGCCCGUGAGUGCAGAGUUCCAGAACGGUGUGAUCGGCGGUUACCGCCUGAAGUUGGACGGCCGGGACCACAUGUUCGUGUCCGGCGCAGAGAACCGUGCGGUCACGAUCGGCGGGCUGCGGCCAUGGACAGAGUAUCUGGUGGAGGUGGCGGCGGUGAACGUUGCGCUGAACGUGACGGGGCUCUACAGCGCCGCGCGGAGUGGGAGGACACUGGAGGAUGUUCCUGGCCCCAUCUCGGGCCUGACAGCUGAGGUCCUCUCCUUUAGUGCCGUACGGUUGUCAUGGCAACCCCCGACAAUGCCCAACGGCUUGAUUAUUGGCUACAUCGUCAGCUACAUCCCCGUCGGUCGCCACUUCCCCACCACCCAGAAGCCCACAACCGUCCAAACGACAGAAAGGGCCCAGAAUGGAACUGAGGAAGAACCAACUGGUGCCAUAUAA